AUGGGCGACUGGAGCUUUCUGGGGAACAUUUUAGAGGAAGUGAACGAGCACUCGACGGUGAUCGGCCGGGUGUGGCUCACGGUGCUCUUCAUCUUCCGCAUCCUGAUCCUGGGGACGGCGGCCGAGUUUGUGUGGGGCGACGAGCAGUCCGACUACGUGUGCAACACCAACCAGCCCGGUUGCGAGAACGUGUGCUACGACGAAGCCUUCCCCAUCUCCCACAUCCGCCUGUGGGUGCUGCAGAUCAUCUUCGUGUCCACGCCGUCGCUGGUCUACGUGGGCCACGCCGUGCACCAUGUCCACAUGGAGGAGAAGCGCAAGGAGCGCGAGGAGGCGGAGCUCAGCCGCCAGCAGGAGCUGAGCGAGGAGCGGCUGCCGCUGGCGCCCGACCAGGGCAGCGUGCGCACCACCAAGGAGACCAGCACCAAGGGCAGCAAGAAGUUCAGGCUGGAGGGCACCCUGCUGCGGACGUACAUCUGCCACAUCAUCUUCAAGACGCUGUUCGAGGUGGGCUUCGUGGUGGGCCAGUACUUCCUGUACGGCUUCCACAUCCUGCCGCUGUACAAGUGCAGCCGCUGGCCCUGCCCCAACAUCGUGGACUGCUUCGUGUCGCGCCCCACCGAGAAGACCGUCUUCAUCAUCUUCAUGCUGGCCGUGGCGUGCGUCUCGCUCUUCCUCAACUUCGUGGAGAUCAGCCACCUGGGCCUGAAGAAGAUCCGCUUCGUGUUCCGCAAGCCGGCGCCGGCCCCGGCGCCCGGGGAGGCGUCGGCGCCGCCCGCGCUGCUCCAGGGGAAGCUGCCCCUGGCUCUGCCGGGCCUGCAGAGGGCCAAGGGCUACAAGCCCCUGGAGGAGGAGAAGGCCGCCCACGUCAGCCAGCUGUACCCGCUGGCCGAGGUGGGCAUGGAGGCCGGCCGCCUGGCCCCGCCCUUCCACGGCCUCCAGGAGAGGGAGGAGAAGAUGCUGCACCUCUCCAAGGCGUACGAGACGCUGCCCAGCUACGCCCAGACCACCGAGAAGGGCAGCGUGACGCUCAUCCCCGAGUCCGAGCCGGAGCAGGAGGUGGCGGCGGAGGUGGUGGUGGAGGCGCCGGCGCCAGAGGUGGUGGUGGAGGAGGAGGCGCCGGUGGAGGAGGUGGUGGUGGAGGAGGUGGUGGAGGAGGUGGUGUCCGGGGAGGGUGGAGAUCCUCUGAUGGACGCUGGGCUGGAGGCGGCGGAUACGAUAGAAGACACGAGACCGCUGAGCCGUCUGAGCAAAGCCAGCAGCAGGGCGAGGUCAGAUGAUCUGACUGUAUGA